UUAGCCAGCCUUGCACCAAUGGCGAAACAAUAAAGAAUUCGUCCCUCGUCAAUACAUACACACAUCCCUCCCCAAAUUCCCAAUUUCCCGAAGAACCCUAGAGAGAUCCGGAACUCUCCCUCCGUUUUUCCCCACACAAAAUCGGCCAACCCAAACCCUAAAUGACCGCGAAAUCUCCGCCGUACGGUUACGGCACCACCUCCGCCGGCUCCAGCGGUGGAGGACCUUCCUCCUCCGCCGCAAUCGCUACAGCAUUGAUCGCACGCGCGAAGCAGACGACGCAGUCGGUGAUCGCGACACUUCGGCCAUGGCGAGAGCUCCUGGACAUCUCGUCGUUCUCUCUCCCUCACUCCUAUGACGAGGCCAUGUCGCGCGUGAGACACAACCUCGGCUACUUCCGUGUGAACUACGCGCUCAUCGUCCUUGCCGUCGUCUUCCUCGGCCUCCUCUAUCAUCCGAUUUCCAUGAUCGCUUUCAUCGUCGUCUUCGUCGGUUGGAUUCUCCUCUACUUCUCUCGAGACGCCAACGAUCCGAUUGUGAUCUCAGGUCGGGUCGUGGAUGAUAGGAUCGUGCUUGGAAUCCUCAGUUUGGUCACGAUUCUGGCUUUGGUUUACACAGAUGUUGGCGAGAAUGUUCUGGUUUCGUUGAUUGUCGGUGUGGUGAUUGUCGGAGCUCACGCAGCUUUCCGGUGUACGGACGAUUUGUUUCUCGACGAGGAAAGUGCCCGGCAAAGUGGGCUUGUCAACUCUGCCGUCGCCGGAAAACAGAGCACUUCAGGUUACUCUCCGAUUUAAGUCGCCGGAAAAAAUGUUGCUAAUUUGGGUAAACUCCAUCAAAUUUUAAACUUCAAGGUUUUGCAAAAUUUUAAACUUCAAGGUUUUGCUUGAGUCUGUGUUCCCUGGAUUGAGGAGGGAUGGGAUUUGGUCUUCUGGGUGUUGUAUUGUGAUGAAUUUGUGUGAAAAAUUCUGGAAAAAUUGUAACUUUUUCUUCCACUGUUGAAUUGAACAUUGCUGCUUCAAUACAUUUGCUUGGAAAUGAAAAGGAGCGUCUCUUGGAUU